UCAAGAAUUACCCAAGUUCAGUAUCCACUUAAUUUCCUCCUGAAUCAGGUUUUGAUUUGUUAUAGUCGUUUGACUAUAUGCUGUUCUAAAUAGAACUCUCUUUAAAAUGAAAGAAGGAAACAUCUUGUGGGUGUUGCAAUUUGUUGAAACUUGUGUGGUGUAAUGAAGUGUGUAGAUGGGUGAUAUGUAGUCAUCAUGAAUUUGUAAUGUGUUACAUGUUUUAUAUCCAGCCUAUGGGGAGAUGAUUGUAUCUAUGAAGUGAAAAUAAAUGUAAAUUUUCUGCAAUCUAUGGAUUAUCCAAAAUAAAGAAAAAAUUGGACUCCUGUUACAUAAACAUCCAGUGUAUGUUAGGAAUUUGUUAAUGUCAAGAUGUGUUUUGGAUGGGCCACUGAAAUGAUGAUAGUGCUGUAUAACAAAUUUGUAAGUAUUUCAGGAACAAACUAAUUUUUCAGAGAAUCUUAAGUGUUGUGAAAAUGUGAUGCUGGACACUAUGCAUGUGCCCUUGUUAUACUGGCUGGCUUUACAGUUGGUGUGAUAUUAGGCCUGAAUGUGCAGAAGCUUCUACCGACAGAUUGGUUUUAUGGUGCCAUAGUAGUGUCUGACUUGUCUUUGUGCCCUCAACAUAUUCAAAUUUUGUUCCUCUACUCCACUGGAAAUUUGAAUUUUUCUAAUACCCCAUUGGAGGAAGUUCAAACUAUAUGCUCAGAAUGACACCAUAUGUACUGAUUAUUUGUCCGCAGGUUUUGGAGAGAGUUUGAAUAUUGUCAGAAUCAGUCUACAUUUCCUUAACGAGUAAAACUCUUGAUGUUUGGUUGUGCGGUGGUGGUACCUUUGUGUACUAUUGUGGGACCUCUGAAGUUUGAUAUAUCUUAGAGCCAAACAUCUCAAAAUCAUGUAUUAUAAUUGUAUUAAUUACUGUCACUACACUGUGCUAAGUGUUGUAAAUGAGAUAAAUAUGGCAAUUUUGGAUUCAACAGGUAAUGAGAAGUGGAGUUUUAUGUUAUCAAAAUUUGAGACUGAAUUUCAAAAAAGGGUAUCCUGUACUGUGAUGCACUGAGCAUAUAGCCAGCAUCAGGUGGACAGGGUAAACAUAAAAUUGUAGUGAGGAAUCCUAAGGAGGAGGUAAAAGAAGGCAUCCUUAAUAUGGAUCUUCUGUAUGAAAGUGUGAGAAUGGGAGUUGGAUGGUAUUGGCCUCUAUUGUUGUUGAAUGUUAAAUAACAUAUCAGUCAAACAAUUCCAUUAAUUGCUCAUAUUAGGACAAUCCUGUACAACCUCUGAAAAGUAAUACUAAAUGAGAUGUAUUGCCAUGUAGAUGCUUGCUUGGUUUCUCUUUGACCCUGAAGAUGGAGGCAGUAUGUUCCUUAAAAAUAUCAGUUAACUUCUACUGUUUACAUGGCAUCACAUCCCAGAUAAUAAUACUCUUCAUAGUCACUGCCAUGAGAACCUCAAAUGCAGCUACUAAUUUUGCUGCAAACAUGAAAAGAUCAGCAUUGGCUUUGUGGAAAGGUAGUGUUUCUUCCUUUUAUUUCAAUGGAAUGCUGAAACCCUAUGCUUGCCCACUUUCUUUAACAGAAAUUAUCUGAUGUCUUGAUUGUUGGCAUAAUGUCAGUGAAUAAAUGCAUCUGAAGGUCAUUUUUAUCUCUUGUUGAUGUCAGAGGUCUUCUGUGUAAUCAGCGGGAAAAGUUUCUGUAAGAAAUUACACAAGACUGGAGAAGCACAUACACUGAAGUUGGAUAGCCAAAACAAUUGGCUCUGUACCUUCAAAUGAGGUUAGAAGGGAAUGACAAAAUGAAAGCAUGGAAGACAUGAGUGGAUGGAACCAAAUAUGAGUUGAAACUUAAAUAUUGAAAGUAGUCUUACAUAUUUAAAUGCAAAAAAUGAGUAAGAAGCUAAUUAAUUUGCCAGAAAAUUGUGUUGAUGAGAUGUUAGAUGGUGUUGUCAAAGCUCAUCCAGGCCUUUCUUUACAUGCCAACUAUCGAGUCAUCUUAACAAAGCAGUGGGCAGAUACUAAGAAGAAAGUGGCGCUUUUGUCUGGAGGUGGAUCUGGACAUGAACCAUUUGCUGCGGGAUUUGUUGGAGCUGGCAUGCUGAGUGGUGCUGUUGUAGGGUCAGUGUUUGCUUCACCUCCAGCUAGAAAUGUUCUGCAUGCCAUCCAUUGUGUUAGUCAAGGCAAUGAAGCUGGAACACUGGUAUUUAUUCCAAACUACACUGGAGACUGCCUUAAUUUUGGUCUUGCUGUUGAAUGGGCUAAGAGUGAAGGUUUAAAGGUCGAGAGCAUUGUGCUUGGAGAAGACUGUGCUCUUCUUGGACAAGACAGUUCUGUUGGACGUAGGGGGAUGUGCGGUAUGGUCUUCAUUUUCAAGAUUGCAGGAGCCAUGGUAGAGGAGGGAAAAUCUUUAACAGAUAUAGCACAGACUGUUAGAAUGGUUCUGAGGGUUUUGGCCUCUUAUGGUGUGAGCCUUUCAGCAUGCAGUCUGCCAGGUUCUGGACCAUUGUUCAAAAUUGGAACUGAUGAGAUGGAGCUUGGGCUUGGAGUCCAUGGUGAAGCCGGAAUAAAAAGAGUGAAGAUCCGUACAGCAACAGAAACUGUGAAAAUAAUUUUGGAAGCUAUUAUAGGGACAUUAAAACUAAAAUCUGGAGACGAAGUUGUUGUGCUUAUUAAUAAUUUGGGUGGUACAUCACAGCUGGAACAAUGGCUGGUUACCGGAGAAGUUCAUAAACAAUUUACUACCCUUGGCAUUGCUGUGUUACGUAUAUAUGCAGCAUGUAUCAUGACAUCAUUAGAAAUGGCUGGGAUUCAGGUCUCUGCAUUAAAGAUUUCUGGGGCACACAAGGAAGACUGGUUGAACUAUCUUGAUGCAGAAACUAAGGCAUGCGCCUGGUGUGGGUCUCCCAUGUCCAUUCCACCAGAAGAGCCACUGAAGGACACUCCUCCCCCUGAAAAUCAUCCAGAGGAACACAAGCUUGAAGGACCUACUAUAAAUGCAGCGGGGUCUGAAAUAUUAAGAAGAUGCCUUGAAGCAGUUGCACUGUCUGUAAUUUCCAAUGAGGGUCAUCUGAAUGAACUUGAUAGUGCUUGUGGCGAUGGUGACACAGGCACAACACUGCGCAGAAUGGCUGACGGUAUUCUGCUCCAAUUAGGAACUUUACCAGUAUCACAUCCUAGUACCUUGCUAAAGCAACUCAGUUCUAUUGCUGAAAUGACAAUGGGCGGUACAUCAGGUGCUCUCUACAGCCUCAUGUUGACAAUGACAGGAACGGCUUUAGGGGCCAAGGUUAAAGCAGUAACUGCAAGGACUUGGGCUGUAGCUUGGAUAGCUGGUACAGCUGGGACACUGCGCUACAGCCAGGCAAAACUGGGUGACAGGUCCAUGUUUGAUGCUCUGUUGCCUGCUUGCAUGAAAUUUGAAAGCUAUAAACCUUCCACAGUAGAGGAGGGACUCAGAGCCUUGGAAGCUGCAGUAGUGGCUGCAGAAGAAGGAUGUGAAAAGACACGCUACAUGAAGGCCAGAGUUGGAAGAGCAACAUAUGUGGAUGCCACUCAUGUCACUGAUGUGGAUGCUGGAGCAUAUGGCGUGACAGUUUGGUUAAAGGCAGUUUUCAAUGAGCUUAAAACUUGUUUCCAAUGACAUCAGAGAACAGGAACAUUUUAUAUAAUAAAUACCCUAAUGUAUCAUCAUUUUUCCACUCUCAGUUCAUGAAUAGGCAUGUCAAAUAUUACUUUCAGUAUAAGAUAAAUUGAACAGAUUAGCUCAGUAAUGUUGCAUAUGAUUUAUAUUCAGGAAGUACAAUAUCUGGUGGGACCUUCCUGGGACCAGCUGUUCAGAUUCUCAUUUCUGAAGAUGAAUGUUGGAAUAGUAGAAAGUAUCUUAAACUAAGUUUCACUUACACUUCCAGCCACCUUUUGGAACGGGGGUGAGCAAAAACGAGCCCAAGUACCCAGUCUUUCCCUAACAAUACUUCCAGUCACCCUAUAGCAACAUAUUAAGUUUGUAAAACAAUGUAUUAGAACUGUGUACUGUCUGUGUACCCUUACAUUAUAAAUGUAAUUCACUUAGUCAUAAGGUUAAAAUAAUGUUACAGAAAAAGAACACUUUUGGACUCAAUUUUGUUUUGUUUUGUUCAGUUUAAUUCUUUUUUAACUCAUAGCCCUCCUUAAGAAGAACAGUUGUAUGUUUGUAUUCAUGUAAAAUAUUUGUAUGGCUGUAAAUAUUGUAAAAUAUAAUAAAUACACUGCCUUUGAAUUA